AUGAAAAUUAUUGCCCUAUCUGCUGCUAUUGCUACAUUACUGGCUGUUGUAUCAGAAGCAUCUCUCUUGAGAAUUCCCAUCAAGAAAAUCAAAGAGAGUUCUUCAGACACACUAAACAGAUACUCUCGCACCGGAGAGUAUUUGGGCCAAAAGUACUUUGGCCAACAAAAAACAUCAGACCUUUCUGAUUCUCUUUAUAUGGAGGCAGAUGGAAGUGUUAAGCAUGGUGUUCCUCUUUCAAACUAUUUGAAUGCACAGUAUUAUGGCAACAUUGAGAUCGGCACCCCACCUCAGACAUUCUCUGUUGUCUUUGACACUGGCUCUUCUAAUCUCUGGAUUCCCUCCAUAAAAUGCACGUCCAUUGCUUGUUUCCUACACAAUCGAUAUGACUCCUCAAAGUCCACCACAGCCAAGGAGAACGGAACUUCAUUCGAAAUCCAUUAUGGUACUGGUUCUCUCGAGGGUAUUAUUAGUCAGGAUACCUUACGCGUUGGUGGGAUCAAGAUUCCUGGCCAGCAAUUUGGAGAAUCGACAAAGGAGCCUGGAUUUACUUUUGCUUUGGCUAAAUUCGAUGGAAUUUUUGGACUGGGAUACAGUAACAUUGCUGUUAAGCAUGUUGUCCCUCCAUUUUACCACAUGAUCGACCGUGAUCUUAUAGACGAGCAAAUAUUUUCGUUUAAGAUCAAUAAUGCUGAUGAAGAUGAAGCCAAUGGCGGGGAGCUAAUCUUUGGCGGUGCAGAUAGUAAUCAUUAUGUGGGCGAGCUUGGAUGGUCAAACGUGAGACGCAAGGGUUAUUGGGAAGUUGAUUUGGAAGACAUCAAGUUUGGUGGCGAAUCGAUUGAGCUUGACCCUAUUGGAGCAGCCAUCGAUACCGGGUCUUCCCUUUUAGUUGCUCCUACUACUAUAGCUGAUUUGAUCAACAAGGAAUUAGGCGCAGAAAAGAAUUGGUCUGGUCAAUAUAUACUUGAUUGUGCCAAGAUUCCCGAUCUUCCAGAAUUUUGCUUUGUAUUUGGCGGCAAGGAUUAUUGUCUUACUGGGCAAGACUAUGUGCUCAAGGUCCAGGAUCAGUGCAUUUCUGGAUUUAUUGGCAUGGACAUUCCUGAACCCGCCGGCCCACUCUGGAUUGUGGGAGAUGUAUUCCUGCGCAAGUUCUAUAGUGUUUAUGACCUUAAAAACAACAGAGUUGGUCUAGCUAAGGCAAAAUAA